AUGUCUUCCGAAGUAGAUAUGAACGGUUCACCCACUGAUCGAUCAAAGCGCCCACGUCGUGAGGACGAGGAUUGGGAUUCUGAUUACGAACGCGACGGCCAAGAUGAUCGCCAUCCAAAGCGACAAGCUGUACCUGAUCCUGAAACCAAGGCACCUCAUUUUGUUGGAGCAGCCGAUAAUGAUGACAACGACAAAAACAAAGCAGCAUCACGCUCUCGACGAAAGAAAUGGGAGGAAGGAUCACAGGAUAGCGAUGAUGAGGAACUUCAAAUCUUGUUGGACGAUAAGCCAUCAUCGGUACCCACAUCAGCAGCAGCAGCAACAACAGCCGAUACGAACAAUAACAACACCACAUCCACAUCUCCUUCAGCACAAGCAUCAGCAUCAGCAUUGACGACUACGCCUAGUGUCAUCACAGCUGCACCUACAAACAACAUGUUGGGUCCUGAUAACGAGCUUGUUCCUACUCCCAGCAAUGAAAUCAGCAUCUCUCUUCGUUCCCUUGUCAGCACCAAAGAUGCAGGUGUUAUUAUCGGUCGUGGCGGCAAGAACGUUAGCGACAUUCGUGAAAUCUCUACAGCCCGUGUCACCAUUUCAGACAUUGUACCUGGUGCAUAUGAACGUAUUUUGACAGUGACAGGACCUGUUAAGGCAGUGGCCAAGGCCUAUUCUCUUGUUGCUGAAAAGAUCCUUUCUGAAAUGCCUCCACCUGAUGAUGGUCAAGAGCAAUCGCUUACUAUUCGCUUGUUGAUCGCUGAUAAUCGUAUGGGCACAUUGAUUGGACGAGGUGGCUCUGUGAUUCGGUCCAUCCAAGAGCAAAGUCAUGCACGUGUGAAUGCUUCAGAGGAGCCAUUGCCCAUGUCAACCGAACGCACCGUAACCAUCGUUGGUACUACAGCUGCUGUACAAGGAGCUAUCUAUCAGAUUGCUGAGAUUUUGGCCGAGCAUCCCGAACGUAUUGGUGGCAACAACACGAUUCCUUAUCGACCUCAGCCUCAAGGUGUAGGUGCUCGUGGUGGUGGAUAUGGUUCGAUGCCUCGUACAAGUUCAGUAGCCGGUAGUGCUGGUGGAGGAGGAAGUGGACCUGCAGCAGCGGUAGCAGCAGCAGCCAUGAAUCCAUAUGGUGCCAUGAUGGGUCACAUGGGUGGUAUGCCUAUGGGAAGCACCAAUCCACAACUCUACUAUCAAGCAGCAGCAGCAGCAGCCUACGGUGCUAUGCCUGGUGUUGCAUCGGGUCGUCAAGGUGAUUAUGGCAACAUGGGUGGCAUGAUGGCUAAUCCUCAAGCUCAACAAAUCUUUAUUCCUAAUGAAAUGGUGGGCUGUAUCAUUGGUAAAGGCGGUAGCAAGAUCAAUGAAAUUCGCCAGCUGAGCGGUAGCCACAUCAAGAUUGCGGAUCCCCAUGGCAACACAAACGAACGAUUGGUGACCAUUACUGGUACCCCUGAAAGCAAUCAGAUGGCAUUGUACUUGUUGUACUCUCGAUUGGAAAGCGAAAAGGGUAGACUCGGAUUGCACUAG